AUGACGGUCAAGAAGAGAGGUUGGUACUUCGGUGCCGAUCCGAACCAGGAUCUCGAAGCACAAGGUCUCGACUGGAUGCUAAAGAGGAUGCUAGGCUCGAGCCACGGGAAGAAGAUGCGCAGAGGCGACCAGUGGCAGUCGAGACUGGUGGCCAACUAUCUCCGAAGGGUGGACAAGUUUAGAGAGCUGUUCUUGUUCUGCGUGCACGUCUUAAGCGGUCAACCCGCCAGAGGAACCGAGAUCACCAGUCUGCGCUUCCGCAACGGAGUGGCCAACCACCGCAACGUCUUCGUCUUGGACGGCAGAGUGAUGACGGUGACGAGCUACCACAAGUCACAAGCAAUGCUCGACAUGCCCAAGAUGGUGCCACGCUUCUUGCCGUGGAGACUGGGGCAGAUCGCGGUCAUCUAUCUCACCCACGUGCGGUGUUCGCCGAGUCGCUGUCGGUGCAGGUGCAGUACGGUCAAGGAUGGAGUGACUACAUCUGGGCGGAUUCGCACGGCCCGUGGGAGACGCAGAAGCUCACCGACACGAUGA